AUGGCGUUCUUCGAUCUAAGCCUUCCUUACACCGAGCCGCCACGGUCAGGCGGUAAGGAAGUCGCCGUCGGAAAAACCUUGCGGUUAAAGCUCUCUACAAAGGCCAUGGAACUCGGCUAUGUUGGAAUCGCACAUAACCGUACGAUCAAAGGCGUAAUGUCGGACAAGGACAAUUGUACGAUCCCUCUUCUCACUCUCGGAUCUCUCAUCAAGGUUGCUCCACGGUUAAAAUCCUCUGUCGAAUUCCAUCGUGACCUUCUUAGUGUACCUCGAGCUACUCCGUUUCGGCAGUACACUCGCCUUACGGUUCAUGUGGAAAGUAUUGCUCAGUGUCAUUGUUUGAAUUCUGGGAAUCCGGUAAUAAAGAGCUAUGAUAUUGUUGCAGUAAGGCCGUUGAAUCAGAACACUUUCGAUCAUGUCUGUGAGAAAGCCGAGGUUGAUCUUAUUUCGAUUGAUUUCUCAGACGAGAAGCUAUUUCGAUUGAAUUAUCCCAGUGUCAAAGCUGCUAUACAGAGAGGGAUUUACUUUGAGAUCAAGUACUAUGAUCUCUUAAAGGAUGCACUGACGAGGAGACAAGUUAUAUCGAAUGCUAAGUUACUGGUGGAUUGGACUAAGGGGAAGAAUCUGAUUAUAUCGAGUGGUGCUCCUUCAGUCUCUGAACUUAGAGGUCCAAACGAUGUAAUAAAUCUCAUGUUCUUGAUUGGACUCUCUAGUGAAAGAGCCAGAGCUGCCAUUUCAAAAAACUGUAGGAAUAUGAUAGCGAAGGUUUUAAAGAAAAAGCGGUUUCACAAAGAAGCUGUCAGAGUUGAAAUGCUUUCCUCUAGUGAUUCCUUUAGCCUCGAACAGCCUUUGUCUGGAGAGUGCAUGAAAUGGGAUCCCCUCUCGAGCGGUGAAGGUGACAUGCUUUUGGAUGAUCUCGCAAAGGCUUUUGAUGCCACAAAUGCUGCGGUUCACAAGGCGAUUGAUUUCACUUCUGUUCUUGAUGGCUUGCCAUCACAUGGUUUCCGGGUUAAGGAUAUUGUAGGAACUGAACCAUUGACUCAGCCACCUGCAACUAAGUUGAUUGACGCACCAGUGCACAGUAAUAAUCAAGUUCCUGAACAACUUAUGGUUGAUUCAGCUUCAUCUGAUGGUAAUCUUCGGGAAGACGAAACCAUUAGCCAAACUAACAUGCUGAUAUCUGAAGAUGUCAUCAAAAUGGAACCUACAACAAUUGUCCCCCUGAGGAAAUGCAGUACUAUCAGCCAGGGACAGAGGAUUUUGGUGCACAAUCAAGCAGCUGCGUCCUUAACACUGGUAAGAUGUACAAAGUCAGAUGCAGUUUCUGAUGUUAACAUGCACAUUGAGUUGGAUUCAGAAGAUAAAUCACUGUCACCAUCAAAAAGCGAUCAUGGGAGCCCAGUAAGUCCUGUUGAAAACUCAAACAUGGAAACUAUUGUUGUUGAUGAAGUCUUGGUGGAGGAAAAUAGCAAAGAAGGAGCUAUUUCUGGUCAUGCUAAUGAUGGGAACUACGCAUAUAUUGAUGAUGAGAUGAAAAUCGAUGCUUCUUCGGAAGCAAAUCACGACGAGUACAUGGAGGUGACAGUGGAAGACCAGAAGCAUGAAACAGGUGACAUAUCAAGGUUAGAGUCCAAUGAGGCAGAGCUCGGGGAAGGGUCAUCGGAUCCAUACCACAAUACUUUUGAGAUAACAAUGGAAGACAAGAACGAGACAGAAACCGAAGCUAAUCACCAAUCCCAUGUCCAGUCCUCUGAAAGAAACAAUGCCACAAACUCAAGUAAGGCUCUAGAUAAGAGGAGUAGAGUUCGAUUACCGAAAUUACAGCCUUUCAAGCCUUUUCUACUUCAGUCGCGUUUCAAACGAAUCAGUAAAAGAAGAAACCACAGAAGAGCUGUUUGA